ACCACAACAACACAAAGGCACUCAGUCUCACAUCAAUGAUAUAAGAAACAAACAGAGCAUAAGAGAGAAGUUUGUUCCAAUCCAUUAUUCAUUCAUUCAUACUCUCUUUUCUCUGUUCUUCUAUCUAUCUCCGUGGAUCCCGUGUUCAUCGGAGGGUUGGGUUUUAAUUUAUUAUUCUCUCAGAUCUUCAAUUUCAAUCCCCGAUCUCAAAAAUGCCUGCCGUCUAUGGAGCUCGUAUGACCACCUUCGAGGAUUCCGAGAAGGAGAGUGAAUACGGUUACGUUCGCAAGGUAUCUGGACCUGUCGUCGUUGCAGAUGGAAUGAAUGGGGCUGCUAUGUAUGAACUGGUGCGUGUUGGUCGUGAUAAUCUCAUCGGUGAAAUUAUUCGUUUGGAAGGGGAUUCUGCCACUAUCCAAGGUUCCUUCUGCUAUCACUGCAAUAUGAUGUUUUCAAUUUCAGAUACAUGUUUGUUUCUUUUCUUCAUUUUUAAUCACAAAAUUCAUUGCUUGUCUUCAAUUUCAGUUUACGAGGAAACUGCUGGGUUAAUGGUUAACGAUCCAGUGUUACGUACACACAAGCCUUUGUCUGUCGAGUUGGGACCUGGAAUAUUGGGGAAUAUUUUUGAUGGAAUUCAGAGGCCUUUGAAAACUAUUGCAAAAAUAUCUGCUGAUGUCUAUAUUCCCCGUGGUGUCUCUGUUCCUGCACUUGACAAAGAUACACUUUGGGAAUUUCAGCCUAAGAAAAUUGGUGAAGGAGACCUAUUAACCGGUGGAGACUUAUAUGCUACUGUUUUCGAGAACAGUUUAAUGGAACACCGUGUUGCACUUCCUCCUGAUGCCAUGGGAAAGGUUACCUAUGUAGCACCUGCUGGCCAAUAUUCCUUGAAGGACACUGUAUUGGAGCUUGAGUUUCAAGGUGUCAAAAAGAAGUUCACCAUGCUUCAGAGUUGGCCUGUACGUACACCAAGGCCUGUUGCAUCAAAACUUGCUGCUGAUACUCCUCUUCUUACUGGUCAGCGUGUUCUUGACGCUCUCUUCCCCUCAGUACUUGGUGGGACUUGUGCCAUUCCUGGAGCUUUCGGUUGUGGCAAAACAGUCAUUAGUCAGGCUCUUUCUAAGUAUUCUAAUUCCGAUGCCGUUAUUUACGUUGGUUGUGGAGAACGUGGAAAUGAAAUGGCAGAGGUUCUGAUGGACUUUCCACAACUCACAAUGACAUUACCUGAUGGUCGUGAAGAGUCUGUCAUGAAGCGUACAACACUUGUGGCUAACACUUCAAACAUGCCAGUGGCUGCUCGUGAAGCUUCAAUUUAUACAGGAAUCACUUUAGCCGAGUAUUUCAGAGAUAUGGGUUACAAUGUCAGUAUGAUGGCAGAUUCAACAUCUAGAUGGGCAGAAGCAUUGCGUGAAAUCUCAGGGCGACUGGCGGAAAUGCCUGCUGAUAGUGGAUAUCCUGCUUACCUUGCUGCACGUUUAGCCUCUUUCUAUGAACGUGCUGGGAAAGUAAAAUGUCUUGGAGGUCCUGAACGGACAGGUAGUGUAACCAUUGUUGGUGCUGUUUCUCCACCUGGAGGAGAUUUCUCAGAUCCCGUGACAUCUGCAACCCUCAGCAUAGUUCAGGUUUUCUGGGGUUUGGACAAAAAGCUUGCACAGAGGAAGCACUUUCCUUCUGUUAACUGGCUUAUAUCUUAUUCAAAAUACUCGACGGCACUUGAAUCCUUUUAUGAGCAAUUUGAUCCAGAUUUCAUAAACAUUAGGACAAAGGCUCGUGAAGUGCUGCAAAGAGAAGAUGAUCUGAAUGAAAUUGUCCAGCUUGUAGGAAAGGAUGCUUUAGCUGAAGGAGAUAAGAUAACCCUAGAAACUGCAAAACUUUUGAGAGAGGAUUACCUUGCUCAAAAUGCUUUUACACCAUAUGACAAGUUCUGUCCCUUUUACAAGUCUGUCUGGAUGAUGCGCAACAUUAUUCAUUUCUACAAUUUGGCAAAUCAGGCAGUAGAGAGGGGAGCUGGUACUGAUGGUCAGAAGAUAACUUACACCGUCAUCAAACAUCGUUUGGGAGAUCUCUUCUAUCGUUUAGUGUCCCAGAAAUUUGAGGACCCAGCUGAAGGGGAAGCUGCUUUGGUUGCCAAAUUUAAUCAGUUACACGAGGACCUGACAAAUGGUUUCCGCAACCUUGAGGAUGAAGCCCGAUAAUUUAAGAGAUAAUUGAAGAUUGCAAGUUUGCUCAAGUAUUGUGUUAUUCCUAUAGUAAGAGGCAAUCUGGUAUCCUGUGGUAGCUAUCUCCCGAGUGUUCUCAUAUUUGGCUGUUCGAUUCAUUCAUAUCACAUUUAUUUCCUUUCUUGGCGCUGGUUUGGCUUUUUGAUAUAGUUGUAUGUGUAGCUAUAGUGUUGUCUUUCAGUCACCUCGCUUUUUGUCCCUAGAGAAUAAUAGACGAAACAUCUUUCAAUAUGUAUUUAUGCGAAUAAAUUUGUUUACAACAUGAAGUGCAUGUGGGCAUGUGGAUUAUGUAUGGAUUCAUUGAUGGAAAUUGUGGGGACAUGGAAGACUGAACCUUGUAGCGUCGAGUAUUUAAUUUGGAAGAUCUUCUAUGUCAAACUUUCCCAGAGAAUAAAAUUUUAGAAGCCUUGAUAUUUAAA